AUGAGUUUUGGAUACAGCGCGGGGGACUUUGUGUCUCUUCUAGAGUUGACGAAUCGCGUUCGAAAACGAUUUGUCCGGGCUCCCAUUGAGUUUACAGAAAUUUCUGAAGAUGUCAAAAAGUUAGGAGUCGUUCUCCAAGAUAUCGACGACAUCGAAUCUGAAGAAGGCUUGAACCCCCGGCAGAAAGCCUCAAUAUCCCAGAUCAGCCAAGCAUGUCAUGAAGUCUUUAGGGAGCUAGAAGACAUGCUUGACGAGUACCAGGAGCUGGGUCAUGAUAAAGGCACUCUUGGUAAAAAGACCCGGCGUGUCUGGAAAAGGCUACAGUGGGACCAGUCGAAGAUCAAUGAUUUUAGAAAAAGAAUCGAUUCAUACAUGAUUUUAUUCAGUAAUGUGAUUGCGACACUGAAUGGCAAUGUUAUACUUGCGGUGAAAGAGGGCGUGGACCGACUGUGCCAACAGCAAGCAGACAAACAGAAACAAGUUAUUCUUGAAUGGCUGACAGCAACUGACUACACAGCACGACAAAACGACAAUCUUAGUCAACGAGCAGAGGGUACGGGCCAAUGGGUAUUGAAGAGAGACGAGUUCAAAUCAUGGUUGAGCACCAUGCAACAAACGCUGUUUUGUCUAGGUAUUCCGGGAGCUGGUAAAACGACACUUGCAUCGAUUAUAAUCGACCAUCUGGAGCAGAAAUUUGGCGCCGAGUUUAAUGUCGGGAUUGCGUACAUAUAUUGCAAUUUCCAGUCUGCUUCUGACUCGAGUAUUCAAGAUUUACUCGCGAGUUUGUUGAAGCAACUUAUCCAGAGACGGCCAGAAUUACCAAAAACAGUCCUUGAUAUGUAUAAAAACCAUAGAGAGAGGAACACGCGGCCAAGGACUGAUGACCUAUCCUCAUGCCUACGAUCCAUGGCCGCUGAACUCUCGACGGCUUUCAUUAUAGUAGACGCUCUGGAUGAAUGUGGCGAUUCUGGGCUGUGCAAGGAACUUCUGCAUGAAAUAUUUACCCUUCAAGCAGAAUGCAAUAUAAGCUUCUUGGCCACCUCAAGACACAUUCCGGAGAUUAUGGCAGAAUUUGAUCGGAAGACAUGGUUGGAGAUUCGCGCGCAUACCAAAGAUGUGAAGAGAUAUCUUAGGAGUCAUUUAUCAACUUUCCCAUCGUUUUUAUUGCAGAAUCAAGACCUAAUAAACGAGAUUAUCACUACAAUCACUGAAUCUGUUGAUGGAAUGUUUCUCCUCGCAAAAUUGCAUCUCAAUUCUUUGAGAGGAAAGAGUUCACCAAAGGCCAUACGGACUGCACUGAGAAAACUACAUACUGGAUCAGAUGCGUAUGAUUACGCAUACAAAGAUGCAAUGGAGCGAAUUGAGCAACAGGGAACGGAGAAGAGAGACUUUGCCAAAAAUAUCUUGGCAUGGAUUACCUGUGCGAAGAGACAAUUGAAAAUAAACGAGCUUCUUUACGCCGUUGCUGUGGAGAUUGGUUUGCCUUAUCUUGAUGAAGACAAUCUCUCCGACAUGCAAUAUAUGAUAUCUGUGUGCGCUGGCUUGGUAGCAGUCGACGAGAAAAGUGGCAUUAUCAGAUUGAUCCACUACACCACGCAGGAAUACUUUGAACGAACAUGGAAGAUUUGGUUUCCGGAGGCGCAUCGAAAUAUAGCCAUGGUUUCUCUCACGUACCUCUCCUUUGAACAGUUCGCCACUGGCCCCUGUGAGGAUUGGGAGGAGUAUAGAGACAGGUUAGAAGGAAACCCGGUCUACGAGUAUGCUGCGCGAUAUUGGGGAUACCAUGCAAAGGAAGCUUACUCGGAGGUGAAGGAUCUGGUAGAUAGAUUCUUUCAAUGCGACUCGGCGCUCGCCAGCGCAGCACAGGUCUUGUCCCUUCGUCGAGCUUCCCGAAGCCGUACAUUAACAGCUCAAGAAGGGGUAUCUGGUCUACAUCUUGCUGCGUGGUUUGGAUUAGAAGACAAAGCCGAUGAACUCUUGCAAGAUCCUGGUUAUCAUGAUGCCGCCGACAACAAAGGUCAGACUGCGCUGCAUUGGGCCACGCGGAACGUGCAGGCGCUUACCGUUGAAUUGCUAAUAAGAGGAGGGUUUAACAUCAACGUAGCUGAUAAAAACGGUACGACAGCCCUGCACUAUGCUGCGGGUCAAGGAGAUAGGCAGUUGAUACAGCUUCUAGUAAGGAACGGCGCGCAUUUGGAUGUUGUGGACAACGAUGGGUGGACACCCUUCUUGACAGCGGCGGACAGUGUGAACAUUGCGUCAAUUGAAGAGCUUCUAUGUUACGAUACUGCGAUCCAGGCCGUUAAUUGGAAGAAUCAGAACGCAUUGCAUCUUGCAAUACUUGCCACUAAAGAUGAAAGCGCUCGCUUAGUAGGCAUGCUUUUGUCACAUGGGGUUUGUCCAACUUUAUGCGAUAUCGAAAAUAUGACUCCGCUUCACUACGCAGUUCGAAAUGGAAAUCGAAAAAUCGUGCAAUUAUUUCUUGAGGCUGGUGUUGACAUCAAUUUUGGCAUUGCAAGGAAGCGCUGGAGCGAACCCACUAAAGCUGGACGAUCUUUCCAAGCGUUCGACCAACCUCUUGAGAGGAUAGAAACCAAUAUCCAAGAUGCAGCCGGCCUAACUCCGCUACAUUUUGCAGUUUGUGCCGGCGAUAUUACCAUGACCGAAUACCUCUUGGACAAGGGAGCCAAUCCAAAUGUACGCUGUUCUGAGGGUGACACGCCUCUCCAUAUUGCACUCCGCAGAGGUCUACUAAGCGACCAAUAUGAAGAUGCAUGGACAGACGUUGGCUGGGAAGUUGAAAGUUUCAAACCUGCCAUCUCUGAGUAUGAAGAUGAGCAUGCAGAUGAAGUAUACCAGUUCAUCGAUGAAAUACGUCUGGGAGUUAUCAAGAUGCUUCUUUCAAGGACGGAUAUUGAUGUGAAUAUCCAAAAUGUUCAUUUGGACUCUCCUCUGCAUACCAUGUCUAUUUUCUAUGGGGAGCCCUAUUCGGAAACCAUUGUUGCCCAACUACUUCAGAAGGGAGCCGAUCCUCUUAAACGUAACAAAAAGGGUCAGACCGCGUUGCACUUCGCCUGUAAGGCAGGUAAUUUGGGUGCUGUUACUCGAUUUCUCGAUGCUGGUUGUUCCAUUACCAUUGAAGAUGCAGAGGGACUGACUGCGCUUCACUAUGCCGUGCGUGCCAAUAAAUAUGAAUUGGUUAAAUCGAUCUUGGAUUGCUACAAGAACACUGCACCAAGUCUCUGCCUUGCUACAGACAAGCAAGGUAGGACUCUUUUGCAUCAUCACCUACAAUCUCAUCUAUGCUUCCGCGUAUACAUGAUCACCGUUCUACUAGAUCAUGGUGUAAAUGUGAACGGCAUCGACAUGAACGGAGACUCGCCUCUGAGUAUCUAUCUGCGAUCAUUCAAGCUUGGAGAUCGGACAAACAUCUGUCAUCUUUUAUUACAACAUGGUGCUGAUCCGCUCUGGACGGACAAUCGUGGCCAAACCUUAGCUCAUGUAACAAUGCACAACUGGAUAGUCGAGGUUGAGGUCUUGGAACUCCUGAAAGAAUAUGGUGUAGACCUGAACAUGAAGGAUAAAAGCGCCAAGAGCAUCUUGCAUCACGGAGCAAUACAUGGUUCAAUAAGCGAGGAGCUGAUUUGCGUUUUGCAAAAAUAUAAUAUCGACGGCUUAGAUGAAAGAGACCUGGAGGAUAAGUCUCCACUCAUAUAUGCAGCAGAAGCGGCUAAUAAAGAGCGACACUGGGGCACCUUUAAGUCUGAUAGAUGGAAAGAGACUUGGGAGAAUUUAAAGCAGAUGCAAAGCCACAAGCUGGUGCAAGGCGACAGUAGGGGUCAACUCGGCAAAACUAACUGGAAGCGAGAAUUCACAGGUCCGACUUUUACUGUAAAUAAGCGAAAAUUUAUUACAACAAUUUUGACAUCCGCUCUGGCUUGCUAUGCUUUGCUGAUUGAACAUUUGCUGAGUUUUCUUGACCAAUUCCUACACACUUCCAUGGCAUCACCCUUCCACUGGCCAGGCGGCGUUCCGCCCGAGAUACGCCUGGAUCCCAACGGAGACAUCACGCCUGACGAGGCCAACGAAGACGCUAAAGGUUGGUUAUUGUUUGUUACAGAAAGAUGGGUUCCCCGUGAAGCAGCCAAUAUUCCCGAUCGUGAUGGUGAUUAUGAAGUCCGCCAACGACGGACGCUAGUUGAGACAUGGGCAAAGGCAGACCAAGAAUUGCGGGAUGUAGGCAAGACCAAAAAAUUCCGAAAAAAGAAAGGCCACACGCUGGUUGCAGCCCUGUGUAUUGAUCAUAGCCCUACUGCUAUCUAG